AUGAUAUGCAGUGCCGUUCCAUCCACGGAGUCUGCACUCGCAGCCUCGCGCGACUACGCCACACACCCACAUUUAGCUGGCGCAGUGGAAGACUUCCAAGACGCAAAAGAUAUCCUUGCGCUCUUCCAGUCCGAGUUUGGUAUCCCUACGCCUCCUACUGAGCCCAUCUACCCAGCAGGCUCCCCUGAGUCCCGCGAGGCAACUCUCGGCACAACCUCUAAGCUUACCAAACCAGCCGCAUGGGUUGAUAUUUAUUACCCAAUUAUGAACACAGGGAAUGCGGAUGGCAUGGCUCUCGAACUGCUUGGUGAGAGCGACCAGCCCAUCUGGAAAGCCGACUUACUUGAGGAUGGUGACCCUCGUGACGAGACCGCUGCCAAGUACAAGCAUUCCGUUCCACCCUUCCACGGCUUCAGUGCUGCUGGAGAGGCUAUCGGUCAACUGGUGUACGCCAACUACGGCACCCAUGAUGACUAUAACAAGCUCAUUAGCGCCGGAGUUAACCUCACAGGAAAGAUCAUCCUAGCUCGCUAUGGUGCUAAUUUACGUGGUCUUAAGGUGAAAGGCGCAGCAGAGCGCGGGGUAGCUGGUGUCCUGAUUUACUCUGACCCUCGAGACGACGGUAGUGUCACCGUCGAGAACGGAUAUGAGCCGUACCCCGCUGGUCCUGCCAGAAAUCCCACAUCAAUCCAGCGUGGCACAGUCAUGUACCUCUCGAUCUACGCUGGUGACCCCACCACGCCAGGCUAUCCUGCAUAUGAGAAUGCAACUCGUGCUGAGGCAACUAACAUUCCAAACAUUCCAAGCUUGCCGCUUUCCUGGGCCAACGCCAAACUUCUUUUUGAAGAGGAGCUCGGUGGUAUCCCUGAGGGUAUCAAGUUAAACGGAAGAGUUGGAAGCAGAAAAAUCAGGAUGCAUAGUCGUGCAGUGGACAACAAGAUCACACCUAUCUGGAACACCAUGGUUGCAAUUCCUGGUCACAUCAAAGACGAAGUCGUCCUCCUUGGGUGCCACCGUGAUGCUUGGGUUAUGGGCGCCGCAGAUCCCACAUCGGGCACUGUCUCUCUCCACGAAGUUGUUCGCGGCCUCGGGGCUCUUUACAAGCGUGGAUGGAAGCCAUUGCGUACCAUUGUCAUUGCUAGCUGGGAUGCUGAAGAGUACGGUCUCAUUGGAAGCACUGAAUGGGGCGAGGAUUUUGCCGACUGGAUACAGGAGCAUGUAGUCUCCUACAUCAAUUUGACGACAGACGUAUCGGUUUCUGGUUCUCGCUGGGAAGCAUCUGCUUCCCCUUCUCUGGUCCACCUUAUCCAGCAUUCCGCCCAAGACGUCCCUCACCCUACUGAUGCUCACAAGACCCUAUGGGAUGCCUAUUUUGAUGUUGGUCCUUACGAAGGCCCUGUGGAUGCCGAUUUUGCUCGCAUGUGGGAUAAAAAAACCUCCAAAGAACCACGAAUUGGCCCACUGGGAUCAAGAAGCGAUUACACAGUCUUCCUGCAGAGACUUGGUGUUGCCAGCUCCGACCAGAGCUUCGGUGGUACUCUGACAGAUGCGCCUUACCACUAUCACUCUAUCUAUGACUCGCAGAUGUGGCAAGAGGUGUACGCAGACCCUGGUUUCCAUAAGCAUGUUGCUGUUGCGCAGAAUUUGGGUCUGUUGACAUUGCGUCUUACAGAUUCCAUAAUCCUCCCUCUUAACACCACUCAGUAUGCGCUUGAGCUUGACUCCCACGUCGACAUCGUCAUCGAGUCUACUCGCCGCGAAGAGAUUCUGCCGGAUCUUUUCCCUCUUAGGAGGGCCAUUGCAUUGCUGCAGGACGCAAGCUUUAAGCUUGACGAGGAGAAAGUUGCUGCCGAAGAGGCUUUUUAUAAGGCUUUGAAGAAAGUCAGUCGUGUCCGGAACCCUCGCGUUGUUCGGCGGAUCAUCCAAUGGAUCAAGGAGCAUCUCGGUAUUGGUGCACAGGAGGUCCAAGACUUGAGGUUUGGCGCACUCGAAUGGAUAUCGUCUGUAACAGAGACGAGUAUCUCGGAAGCAUAUAUCUGCCGGUCGCGUGGCAAAGGCCCGCUAUGCGAAUUCAUACGGGCAGCUAAGAGAGUCAGAGCCGCCAAUCAGAAACUCAUGGCGUUUGAACGUGGGUUUCUCUCUGAGGAUGGCAUUAAGGAUAGGGAAUGGUAUAGACAUUUGGGUGUUGCUCCCGGGAAACACCUUGGGUAUGAGCCAACUACACUGCCAGGCCUAACGGAAGCUAUUGUCUAUGACGAGGAUCGCGAACUCGCCGAGUAUGAGGUUGGUCGACUGGCCACACUCAUUGAGAACCUCGCAGACUUCCUUGAGGUCUAA